GGCUUCGAACUGCAAAAACAGAGAGAGGUGGGUACACAGUGGCUCCUGGCCAACCAAGCGACGAGCGACGGUGGUCCUUUGUGGCGUAGGCGUGACGCCAUGUUGUGAAAAGUGUCUGGCAAAAUUAAAAUCCAACCGAGCAAAAAACAAAUAAUACAAGUGAAAAUUCGCGAACACAAAAACUGCACUCGAACGGCGCGCACUGAAAGUUUGUCCAAAAGCCAAUUUCAAUUUUGAACCCAAUUUUUAGUGAGCAGAAGUGGGAGACAGCUGCUAGCUUACAAAAAAAAAUGGCCAGCAGUUAUUUGGGAUCACAGAUCCCCUCCUGGACGAUGAUGCUGCUCCUUGGAGUGAUUAUCCAGUGCAUCCAGGCGACACCACAACGCACCGCUGCCUAUUCCCUUCAGGCGGCUGUGGACGAACUGCAUCGACGGGAGGCGGCCAAGUAUCCAUUGAAUGCACCUCCACCGCCAUCCCUCGACGACUGGGACGAAGAUGGCGAUUUAUUUGGCAAGAAUAGGAAUCGGAAUCGCCAUCGAGUUAACAAGGCACUCGGCAAGUACUUAGAACGCGAGGACGAGGACAACUACGGUCCGGAUCACAACCUGGGCCUGGGCAUGGGUCUGGGCCUAGGUCUGUCCAUGGGACGGGGACUGGGACAGGGCCAUGGUGCGGAUAGUGCGAAUAAUAAUCUGCUUUUCGCCGAUGAGAAGAGAAAGCGCUUCUCUUCUUUUCGGGAACGUGACGAGCAGUUUGAUGGACCCGUGCCAUCGGUUUUCCGUGAGCGUGAGAAUCAGCCCUUGAAUGCCGAACCCGCACACAAUGAGCUGACAGAGCAGUUUCUCCGCGAAAUCGAGGAGGCCAGGGAACGGGAUGCAGUGCGUCAGUGGUGGCGUCAUCUGGACCAGGCCAAGAACCGCGAGCAGGACCUGGAGCCAGAGUCCUUGCCACAGGAUCCCGAGCUCUUCGAGCAAAAGAAGCGGAUGCGAGUGCCUCCCUACUACCUGUUGAUGCAAAAGAAACGCUCCUAUCCGGUUCUCCCCUGGCUGCCCUACAACGGUGACAAGCGGAAGCCCUUCCCUGUGGCCAAGCGAAGCACCUCCAGCUCCAAUCCAGAGUCUCCGCUGGGCAGGACCGAUGAGCGAGUGGCCCAGGAGCUGAGCGAACUAUUCGGCAAACCCAGCGAAUCGCAGUCACAUCCCGAGGAGAAGCGCAAGCGUUCGGCGGAUGAGCAUGUGUCCAAGGCCACCACCACACAUACCCCAGAAUCCCCGCCAGCCACGGCCACUGCUCUGGGUGAUAUGCGUCUGGAGAUUAACUUUCAGCGUGUGAAUGUGACCAGUGUUACGCCCACAUCAGCUCCUUCCACCGGUGCCGGUGAGAUGGUCCAGCAUGGCGGUCAUGCCGGACACCAUGGCGGUCAUGUGCCUGGCAUGUUGCCGGAAUAUCGCCACCGGAAACGCAGUGAGCACAAUCAUGGCGAUAAUGCCGAGGAACCAGAAACCGAUGAGCAUGACGAGGAGGGUGAGGAGAGCUCCGAUGAGGAUGAUCACGAUGAGUUCGAUGAGGAGGAAGGCGAUGGUGACCUCGAGGCCGAGGAAGCUGAGGAGCGGCGGCGAAAGAAGAAACGUGCUGCAGCAGGAAUCGGGGAGCACUCCAAGCACUUGCAUGCCCCCACUGUGGGCCAUUUGAUGCUCCGGGCCAAGAAAUCCAUCGAUUGGUCACAAUACUUUGGGCUGGAUCGCAAGAAGAAGUCCCAGGCUCAGGGAAAUGAACAACUAAAGAAACGCAGUGAAGCGGACACCAGCCACGACGAGGAUGAGGACGAUGAUGAUGAUACCGAGGAUAUACCCGAGUCGGAGAAGAAAAAACGCAAUAAUCUCGAUGCCGAGAAGCUGGAGAGUAUGGACAAGAAGCUGCAGUCCAUCGAAGACUUCAUCAUUGACGAGACCAUCAAGUAUACAGGAGCCCAUGAGGGUCUCAAUAGCCGGGAUGAUAUUCGUCGUAUCAAGGAUCAUGUCCUCUCCCGCCUGGCCACCGCUUACAGUCUGGAAAAGAUGCGUCGUGCUCUGGACAAGCUCCGGCGAUCCGUGGACACUGAUAAUCAUCUAUUGCGGAAUGCCAUCGAACCGGAAUCGGAGGAGAACUCACUGACCUCCAAUUAUUGGCAGGCCAAGAAGUCGGUGAAGAAGGACCAGGCUGAUGAGGAGGACACAGACCAAGAGGAGGCAGUAAGGCAUCCCAAGGAUAUGGAGAAAAAGAAGCGCAGUGGCGGCUAUCUACGAUAUCCGGAGCAGCCAAAUACCAUGGAGGAGACCCUCAGUCUGGGCAGUGCUCCCUAUGAGACCCUUAACGAUGCCUAUUUGGGCAACAAGAACUACAUCAUUGGCUCCAAUCAGUGUCCCAUCAUCGAGUCCAUGGCAGAGCGCUGCCGAGGAGUUGAUCUAAUCUCCGGGGACAUUAACCAAGAGCUAUUGCCCCUUUGUGGUGUCCAUCAAAUUUGUUAUCUCUGUGGCGCCUCGCAAGUGGCCUGCGAUUACCAGUAUCUGGCGGAGGCGGAUGGCAUCUGUGGCGACAGCAACGAGUGCCAGUCGGCGGCCAGAUCCAUCCUGAUGAUCCUGCGGGGAUCCCCCGGCCGGCAGCUGGGUCCCAGGGAGUGCUUGAAGAAUCCCUGCCUGUACAGGGCGAUGCGUGAGAUUGGGCUUUAAGCGGCUUUUCCAUGCAGACUGCCGCCCAGCGUUUUCCUAACGUCUUUUUGUGUGCGUUUAAAAAGAAAAACCAAAAUCGAAACUUUAAAGAGAACAAAACGAAACUAAUGCCAGAGAGAGAAGAUAUAAAAAUGAGCCCAAAACAAAAAUGAUAUAUACAUAUAUAUAAAAAAAGGAUGAAACCGAAAAGCUGAACUUAGCAAAGAUCAAAUAUUUGAUUCAAAACUAAAAUAUUUUGAUGGAUUUUCCUGUCUGCCUGUCACCUUUCCGGCGAGGGGCAGCAGCAGCCAACUAGAGUUUACCAGAUACCUAAAGAGAUCAUUUAUAUAUAUAUAUAUAUUAUUAUAUAUAUGUAUACAAUUACAAUAACGAUUCAGUUUAACGCAGUGGAUGCCGUUCAGAGCGGCCCGAUAAUUAGUCUUUAUUUUCAAAUAUUCCAUGUGAAACAGAAUUUUUCGAAACAUAUUUGCAAGUUAUAUAUGCAUGUUUAAAUGUACAAAACGUGAUCAUAACCGAAAGAUAUAAAUGUAUAUGUAUGUGCGUGUAAUUAAUCCACAAGAAACCGCUUCUUAAGUAACACUCUUAAUUCGCUUGACAUUCUGGAAGGAAAUGUAAAGCCCAGCUCACAUUGGCAGCUAGUCCCCAAAGAUCAAACUUGCGAGCAGCUUCGUUUUGGUUUGACUUGGAUGUGCAGAGAACAUACAUACCACAUAAUAUACUAUAUAUAUAUAUAUCGAUUUUAGCAUACAAUACACUGGGGAAUGAUGAAUAAUAAGCUAGAGCUAAAAGGGGAAUCCUAUCCAACUCGAACUAUCAGGAAACUCUCUCUUUUUCUUUGCCCCGUGAAUGUGUUUCAAAGUGCAUACAAUAAACAAAUGGCAUGACUAAGACAAAUAUUUAAUGCUCUUAAAACAAAUCUAUAGAUGUGAUUAUAUAAUAUAUACACGCGACGGGAGUUUAAUAUAUGUGUAAAUCUUUUAGUAAUGGCAAACAAAAACAACAACCAGUCUCAGCAACAUCCGAGACCUUUCGGUUGCUAAAUCAAAAUAUUAUUAAUGUGUAUUUACAUAUAAACGAAUAAAUAUAUAUAUAUAUUUGAACUUGAUGUAUAUGCUACAGUUUGCGAAAACAAAAAUGAAAACCAAAACCAAAAGAACAUUUGAAAAUAUUUAUUACUAUACAGUUAUCAUAAAUGUCGAAUAUAAAUGUGGGAUUGGUCCCUAAA